AUGCAGGCGUACACUGCGGAGAGCGUCUCGGGGAUUGGUAAGCAGCUCGCGGGCUCGCCAGGCGCCCUCGAGCCGUACGAGGCGGGCGGUGGGUGGUUCCCUCCGUGCAAGCCGCGCGAGCUGGAGUACUAUAUGGGGAAGGCGCUCUCGCCAGCGGAGAUGUUUGGCGUGCUCAAGGCGAACCUCGACUCGAUGACGAUGCUGGUCCGGCUCCUAUGCUACGGCAUCUUCUUUGCGGGCUUCAUGAUGAUCGGAGGCCCUCUUGCCGUUGCGCCCCAGAUCGUCCCGUGCGUCGGCGAGUACAUCGCCGGUGUCGCGCAGUGCAUGGUCGCCUGUGUGGCCGCAGUCUUUGCGCUCGGGCUCUGGGCGUUCUCCACCGCCAUCGCCUGGCUCUUUUACAACCCCGUGUACGGCAUCGCCCUGCUGGUCGUCGCAGGUGCGGCGAGCUACAUCGGCAACAACAUGGUCCAAAAGGCCAAGCACGAAGGCGGCGGCGGCGGCAGCGGCGCUCCCAACCUCGGUUUUAGCAAGCCGCAAGACGAGGUACCGCUCGUGUGA